UAAAACAAGUUUUAAAUUUGAAAACAUUUAUUAAAAAAAAGAGAAAAAAAUAUCUUGCAAAAUAACAAAAACUGUUAAAAAUGGCCAUAGCUUAUUUUAUACCAGAUCAAGCCAAAUUAUUGGCGGGCCAACGUCAAACAAGAGCAACUACUAAUACCAGUUCCUCCAGAAACUCCAGCAGUAGCAGCCCACAAACAACUUCCUCUAGAUUAACGCAAAACGACAACAACAAUACGCCAGCAAGUGAAACUGCCCCUGUUAAUUCCAAUGUUAAUAGAGGCUAUGGAACCACCAUUAAUAUAACAGUGCCUACUUUUAACAACACCCCUCAGGAACCUUUGGGAUGUUGGGAUUUUUUGACACAAGUUUUUUGUCAUGCCUUGAGAUUUUACCAUGAAUCAUCACAACUACAGCCGACGGUUAUACAAAUAUCGGUGAAUUUCAAUUCACAAACAGCAACAACGACCAGUUCUGCAACAACCACAGCAGACUCUACGGCUACCACAACAGCGACGGCCACAACACCAGCAACUACUGCCACUGAGGACUCUAAAAAUAAAGAAAAUGUCAAUCAAUUAAAUGUGACUGAAUCUAUACAAUACGCACAACGGCAACAACAGCAACCUACAAUAGCAGCAGCAGAAGUAGCCAGCAACUACAUUAACAACUCCCAAAGCAAUCAUCAAUCUAAAAAUGAGCAGACUUAA